AUGGCUUUCGGUCGUGGUCAUGCCUCUUUCACUAUCGAUACACUAAAAUUAGCAAAAGAUAGUUUACCCGCUGCCGUUACUGAACCACCGCCAGUCUUUCCUGAAUUACUCAACACCCCACAUCCGUUAGAUUCAUCUGCAGAGAGCACAUCAAAUGACUAUGAUUAUAAACUAAAAUUAAAAUUGAAUUUCAAUUCAAGUUUUCGAACUCUACACGAUCCAUUGAAGGAAGACAACAAGAAAAACUACAUUUUGAACAAAUGGAAAGAAGAAUGGUUGUUAUUACCACGAGAGUUGAAAUUAGCAUUUCAAAAGACAAAAAAUCUGUCGAAAGUCAAACCAAAUUUGUCCAAAGCAAAAGCUUCGUCUGCGAAGAAAACGACUCUCAACAUUGACUUUAAUAACUAUGAAGAAAAAACAACGGGUAAUGAUGAAGAUGACGAGGACAAAGACGAUGAAAAACAAGAUGAAAAUACGGAAGUCGAUGAAAAUGAUGACGAAGGAAAGGCGAAAGGUACAGAAAAGAAGAAAUUAACUGAUAACGAGAACGAAGUUGAUGGAGAAAUUCCUGAUGAACAAGAAGAAGAAGAUAUGGAUGAAUAUGAAGCAGCGGAUUACAUCGAAUCGUAUUUCGAUCCCGGUGAUGGGGAUGACUUCGAUGCAGAUGACGACGGUGGCGAUGGUGGGGAUUAA